CCCGAAGGGAGUGGACAGCCCCCCUGUCAGUCUUCCCGAGUCCGGGAGUGUAAGAUGAGAAGGGGAAAGGUGGGCCUCACCCCGGGGGGAAAGCGAGGAGGAACUUCCUGCCCGCGCGCGCUCCUCCUGAGUUAAGCGCAGGCAGGGAGGCGGGAGCCGCGUCAAGGUCAACCUGGACCCGGGUGGCAGCCUGCCUAGGGCGGGAGACCCUCCUGGGGAGCUGGGCUGCGGCCUCCAAGCGCUUCGGCCAUAUUGAACAGCCAUAGCCGAGCCGUCUUUGUCUGUGAAGUCCUCUCCCAAGUUCCAGGCACGUCCCGCGCACCCCCAGUUGGAGCCAGGACACCACGUUUGCAGCUGGCGGUGGGCUUGGAACCUCAAGGCCGACUUCCCCCCGGAUCACGUAAGCAUCCUGGGAAUUGAUUCCCACCAGUCCUUGAGGGGAGCCGGACUUGAUCCAGACCAGACUUGUUGCAGGCAGAGAAAUUGGGAGGUGAGACUCUCUCGGCCGCGCUGCUGGGACCCCACCCCUAAACCCCCAGACUCAGGGCUACAAGGAAUUUGGGCUCAUUGCCCUCACCCCGGAUUUCACCCUGGAGAUCUUAAAGACCCUCGAGAAAAGCCAUGUGGGGGGCUGGUUCCCCUGGGGUUUCCUCCCUUCUCCCGACUGCCUGAUCCUCUGGAGUGUCCCGGAUGUCUGCAAAGAUGUGGAUUUGGACGUCCUCGUGGAAGCCUUGAAGCCCGUGGGGACCUUUAAGAAGAUCGGCAAGGUGUUCCGCAGGGAGGAGGACUCUACGGUGGGGAUGCUGCAGAUCGGGGAGGACGUGGACUAUCUGCUCAUCCCCCGCGAGGUCAGGCUGGCCGGAGGCGUCUGGAGGGUCAUCUCCAAGCCUGCCACCAAGGAGGCAGAAUUUCGGGAGCGGCUGACUCAGUUUCUGGAGGAAGAAGGCCGCACGCUGGAAGAUGUGGCCCGCAUCAUUGAGAAGAACACCCCACACCCACCCCAGCCCCUCAAAAAACCCAAGGAGCCCCAAGGGAGGAGGAGAGUCCAGCAGAUGGUGACCCCACCUCCCCGGCUGGUCGUGGGCACUUAUGACAGCAGCAACGCCAGCGACAGUGAGUUCAGUGACUUCGAGACCUCCAAAGACAAGGGUGACAAGGGCCACAAAGGCGCGGGGCGGAGUAGGAAGGUGCGCAGAAUGCCUGUCAGUUACCUGGGCAGCAAGUUCCUCGGGAGCGACCUGGAGAGCGAGGAUGACGAGGAGCUGGUGGAGGCCUUCCUCCGGCGGGGGGAAAAGAAGCCCAGCGCGGCGCCCGCUCGCCGCCGGGUGAACCUGCCCGUGCCCAUGUUUGAGGACAACCCGGGGCCCCAGCUGUCCAAAGCCGACAGGUGGCGGGAGUAUGUCAGCCAGGUGUCCUGGGGGAAGCUGAAGCGGAGGGUGAAGGGCUGGGCACCGAGGUCCAGCUCAGGGGUGGGCGAGGCCCAGCAGGCCUCACUCAGGGUGGAGAGGGAUGGGGCCUCGGUGCCAGGCAGCGCCAGCCCGGGGGAUAAUGUGGGCAGUGCAGGAGAUGGGCGGGUGCCUGAGACCCCCCUAAGACGGUGGAGGCCCAAGAUCAACUGGGCCUCAUUCCGGCGUCGCAAGAGGGAGGAAGAAGCAUCUAGAGCUCAGGAGGCAGACGCUGCAGGUGAUCAGAGGGUGGAGGCUGCUGCCGAUCCGAGGGCAGAGGCCAUAGCUGUCCAGGGGGCAGAGGCCCCAGUUGUCCAGAGGGCAGAGGUUGUAGAUAAUCAGAGGGCAGAGGCCCCAGCUGUCCAGGGAGCAGAGGCUGUGUCUGAUGGGGCAGAGGCUGUACCCGCUGGGGCAGAGGCCAUCCCUGAUCAGAGGGCAGAGGCUGCAAGUAAUCAGAGGGCAGAGGCCCCAAGUGUUCAGGAAACUGAAUCCUCAGCUGCCCGGAGGGCCACAGGGGCGACCCCAGGACCUCGGACCCGGAAACAGGUCAAGACAGUGAGGUUCCAGACUCCUGGCCGCUUUGCAUGGUUUCGAAAGCGCCGGAGAGCCUUCUGGCACACUCCCCGGUUGCCUACCCUGCCCAAGAGAGUCCCCAGGGCAGGCGAGGCCAGGAGCUUCAGGGUCCUGAGGGCUGAGGCCAGAGCAGAAGCAGAGCAGGGAGAACAAGAAGCCCAGCUGUGAGGUGAGGGCAGGGGGGCCGCAGAGGACCCCGCCACCUGCCAUGGUAUUGGCCACUCAGGACGUGUCCCUAACUCUCCCGCACCUGGACAGAGAUGCUCUUUCUGUCUCCACAGUUGAAAAUGGAGAAAGAGCGAGGGCCAGGCAGAGCCCCUCACCUCUCCGCCUAACACCCUCCUUUUCUUGUUAAAAUUUUCUCUCUCAUGCAUUGAUUCUUUGAAUACAGUCUCUUUAUAGUAAUCCAAGGAAUGUAAAGAAAGAAACCCAUGCAGUGGGGUUGCAUCACCCAUGAUUUUAACUUCCUCAAAUGCAACUCUAGGUGCUCAGCUUUAAAAGGAGAGAGAGGCAGGGGAGACAUUCCUUCCUUUCCCCCUUAUUCUUUGCCCCCUUUCUGGCACAUGUACACUGACUGUCUCCUUGAACUUAAAAACAGGGCGCAGGCCACCAUGCAAAUAAAAAUGUUUGCAAACUUA